AUGCCGCCCCCGCCAACGCUGCCCGCGUAUGUGCAAUGGGCGAAGCAGCAAACGAUGGAGCAUCUGCGUGCAAGCAAACACGGCAAGACGCCAAACAAGCACCUGCUUAUCGUCAUGGGCAACGAUGCGGGCGAUCUUGACUCUGCCGCUAGUGCGAUGGGUCUAAGCUAUCUGCUCGCCCACGACGCCAAGCUGCGGGCCAAGUACCACCUGGGCGACGAUGCGAAUGUCGUGCCGCUCCUCCAGACGCCCCGCGACGAUUUGGAAGAUAGGAGCGAGAACGUGCUUGUGUACGACAUGCUCGGCAUCUCGCGUGAGGAUAUCCUCUGCAUCGAUGAUCUCGGGGUCAGUAUCCACCAUUCUACGUACCUCUCGCCCGAACAAAAUGUAUCGCUGGGCCUUGUGGACCACCCGUUGCUCACCCCUGCAUGGGGCGGCGCCAAGGAGGACCCACACGAGCGCCAGGUAGAUGUGAUUGUGGACCACCACGAAGAGCAAGGCGCUCACCUCGAUGCGAAGCUGCGCAUUAUCCGAUCGCCCAGCAACGAUCCCGUCGGCUCCACCGCCAGUCUCGUUUCCAAUUUGUUCCACGACUCAGGCAAUACGCCGCCACAUGCGCUUGCAGAUCUGCUCUUGAGUGCGAUCGUGCUCGAUACAAAGAAUGUGGUGAUGCUGCCGAAAGGCAAGGCGUCCGCGGUGGACCUGGCCGCCUACAAAUUCCUCCUCCCCCACUCCUCCUUCAAGACGGCCACAAGCGCAGCUUCGUUUGUAAGCGAAGCGCAAGAGCGGCUCUCGAACCUUGCUAAUGCAGCUGGCGUGGUGUAUGAUACGAGCACCCAUGCCACGAAGCACGAGACGACUGCGGUGUGGUCCAAACUGUUGCGCCAAGUCAAGGCAAAUGUAGCACAUCUCGACACGCAUGGCCUGCUCGCGCGCGACAUGAAAAUCGCCGACGUGCACACUUCGCAGGGCAAAGUCCGCUUCGGGAUAUCGAGCGUCCCCCUCUCCCUCUCUGCGUGGCUCAGCGGUGCAUACCGGCAGCACGCCAAGCCACAUGAUACCACCGACGCGGCGGUGGAGCAAGAAUGGCGCCGUUGUUGGGUGACUAUGCACGCCUGGAUGCAGGAACGAGGGCUCGACAUCGCUGUCGUGCUUCCCUCGUUCAAGGAGAUGCACAAUGGCAAGCUAAAGAGCCGCCGCGACUUUGCCAUGCUGUAUGCAGCGCCGCAAGGCGGCAAAGCAUUUGCCGACGUGCUCGCCGAGCUGGAAGCGUGGGGCAAGCCCGGCUCCCUUGCGCCAAGCGCAACAUUCCUCGAUCUGCGUCCUUGGCGUGGGCAGCGGCUCAUCCGUGGCGAACGCGAGCGGGUGCAUGGUUUGGGCGCCGACGGCCAAGUACAGAUUCCAACCGCCGCGCCGAUCUACGGCACGGUGCUUCGGCAGGGCAACACGAACGCAAACCGCAAAGUGGUGCAGCCUGCGCUGGUGCGUAUUUUGAAAUAUAUAUUGUAG